AUGACUCGUGUUCUCCUAACUGGUGGUAGUGGUUUUAUCGCCACACAUGUUCUCGAAAUUCUUCUCGCCCGUGGUCAUUCAGUUGUCGCAACCGUCCGCUCCCAGCAAAAGGCCCAAGCAAUCUUGCAAUCUCACCCCGAUCUACAGAAAGACCGUCUGGACUGCACUAUCGUGGAAGAUAUAGGUCAAGCUGAUGCCUUUGACAACGCCGUUGUUUCCGAGCCUCCAUUCGACGCUGUUAUUCAUACGGCCAGUCCAUAUCAUUUCAAUGCCAAAGAUGCGAAAGAGUUACUCGAUCCAGCCAUUAUUGGAACCACGGGGAUUCUCACUUCGGUGCAUAAAUAUGCGCCGUCUGUCAAACGUGUGGUGGUGACUUCUUCUUUCGCUGCUAUCAACAAUAUUUACGCCCAAGGCAAGGACAAGGUGUACUCCGAGGCCGACUGGUGUCCCAUCACAGAGGAACAAGCCAACGAGAAUCCUGGCAACGCUUACCGAGCAAGCAAGACAUUUGCUCGAGCCGCAUGGGAUUUCAUGAAAAGGGAAAACCCUUCUUUUGAUUUGGUAGUCAUGAACCCACCCCUCGUUCUUGGCCCCAUUGCACACGGCCUUGCCUCUCUCAGCGCCUUGAACACUUCCAACCAGCGCAUCCGAGACCUGAUAACCGGCGCUUCUAAAGCCAGUUGCCCACCCACUGGAAACCACGGCUAUGUUGACGUACGCGAUCUCGGACUGGCGCAUGUCCUAGCGAUUGAGAAGCCCGAAGCAGGCGGGAAGCGAUUCUUUACCGUAUCGAGCCAUUUCUCAAAUAAAGAAAUUGCGGAAAUCAUUGGUCAAGAAUUCCCGGAGUUCUUGGAUCGGUUGCCGUCGGGCGAUGCUUUGGCUCCCGGUGACUACCCGGCCGAUGGGGUGUAUGGAUUUGACAACUCACGCAGUCGGGAGAUUUUGGGGUUGAAGUUCAGGACUCUCAGGGAGAGUAUUGUGGAUGCCGUGCAUAGCUUGUUGGCCGUGGAGCCAGAGAUUGCCAAUUGA